AUGCAACCCGUAGCAAAUGACAGCUGGCAAAAACUUGCACAGGAAUGCGCUCAAGGCGCUAUCUACGAUUCGAACGAGCGUCACCCCCACUCCAGAUGUCUUCCGGGAACCAGAGUCAAGCUUCUCAAAACGCUCAAAGACAUCGCUUACGACGACAAGAGCAAGAUUGUCUGGAUUUCGGGGCAGUCUGGCUCAGGGAAGUCUUCUGUAGCUCACACACUCGCUGACGAACUUAGCAAGGAGGGCCGGCUCGCAGGGACAUUCUUUUUCUCCAGAAAACAUACCAAGCGCAGCACUUUCGACCAUGUCCUUCUAACCCUUGCCUAUCAGAUUGGUCUUUAUCAUCCUCGUGCUAAAGAGGUCAUUGUUAAAGCUAUCUGUGAUGAUCCCGCUCUCCUCUCUGCGGAGAAAUCACGCUUUGAACUGCUGCAGAAGCUCAUCUGCGAGCCGUUGAAACAGCUA